CGACCUCCGCGCGUCUUACUGUCUUUCCCGCCAUGUCGUUCGUGGAGAGUGGGAGUCGCUCCGCUCUUCUGCGCCGCCCGCUCGGCACCCCUGUUCCUUUCUCUCGACCACGGUUUUCCGUCUUCACUCAAGGGGACAGUUGGGGUGAAGGGGAAGUCGACGAGGAGGAGGAAUGCGACCAGGUAGCCCGCAACCUGCGAGCAGAGUUCUCGGCCGGGGCGUCGUCGGAGCCUAAAAAGGAUCUGCUACUCCCGCCGGAGGGGGACGGGUCCCCAGUCCUGCCGGAUAAGCGCAAUGGCAUAUUCUCCGCGGAUGCGCGCAACCGAUCCCAGGCUCGGCGGUGGCCGGUCCAAAUCCUCUCAAUUCUCUGUUCGCUGUUGUUCGCCAUCCUCCUCGCCUUCCUCCUCGCCAUCGCCUAUCUGAUCGUAAAAGAGUUACAUGCUGAGAAUUUGAAGAAUGAAGAUGAUAUAGACACUGGACUAUUAGGAUUCUGGACUCUACUUAUAAUAUCCCUAAUUGCCGGAUUCUCCUGCUGCAGCUUUUCUUGGACAGUGACUUACUUUGAUUCUUUUGAACCAGGAAUGUUUCCUCCUACUCCCCUUUCACCUGCCAGAUUCAAGAAACUUACUGGACAUUCUUUCCACAUGGGCUAUAGCAUGGCAAUUUUGAAUGGCAUUGUAGCUGCUCUUACUGUUGCAUGGUGCCUCAUGUAAACCCAACAUUGAAGCAAUAUUCUUGGCAAAACUUAGUCAUGAUGGCUUUGUAAUAACAGGGAAGAACAUCAUUACCUACUGAGAAGACCAAGAAACCUACUAUUCAUUAUAUGAUUCAGAUACCUAUCUUAUCAUCAUUAUGGAGGACCUUCUUAAGCAUCGUUCUAGAACGUAGGCAUUGGGUAUGAGAAUUAAGUUUCAUGUAAUUUCUUAAAAUUGUAAAAUGUUUACCUCAUCUUUUUUCUUUUGUGUGUUAUUUUUCUAAGUUGUAGAAAACAUUUUAAUGGAAAUCAAACUGGAAAACUUGAAUAUAGGUCAAUACCCACCUUUCCAUAUAUGUACUACAUUUUUGCUAAGAAAAACUGAUAUUACUGUUAACUGAGCUAGAACUAUUUCUUAAUUAUUAUUAUAUCAGUAAGGCAAAGAAUGCCCAUUACAUUUUAUAGAAGCUACUUUUAAAUCAGGAUAUUUAGUUUUUGAUAUUCAUAUAAUCAAUACAAGGUGCAUUUAUAUUUUUAAUGGAGCAUAGCUCCUUAUAUGUUUUUUUUUACAUGUUUUCCUACUUCAUAUUGAAUUUGUAUGUUUUAAAAAUUGUUGCAUCUAGGCAAAUGUAAAUGUUAUUCCUUAGCUGGUGCAAAGUAAUAACUGCCAUUUUUAAUAAGUAUUUUGUCUUUUAAAACAAGCAACAAAAGCACAUUGACCUUACUUUAAAAUUAAAUAAACUUAUUUUUAACAAAAAAUGACUAAAAAGGGGUAACUUAUUUAAGCUGUUAAAAUAAUGAGAAAUUUGAAGCUGUUCGUUAUUUGUUUCUACAAUUUCAAAUAUUUAUCCUGGUGUAUAUGUUGUUACUUCAACAGAACUGUUAUUUUGUUUUUAAUAAUUACAAACCUGACAUUUUUAUAUUUAGAAAUGCUUGAACUAGUUUAUUCUUAAAUCUCAAAAAUUUAGUUACCAAAAUAGAAAAGGUAUUUUGAUACAAUGUAUAUAUGUAUAAUUUUUUUAUAUAUAGUUUCAUAAUUUUCCUAUUUAAAUGUUCUAUAAUUGCAAUGUUAGUUUUGUUUUUAUAGUAAUUAAACCUUAAUUUUUCUCACUUCCUUUCUAAAUACCUGUUUAGAAAGUCACUUCAAUUUUAAAAAGAUGAACUGUUUAAAAUGCUGUUUUUUCCUAGUUGUAGAAAAACUUACAUUUUGGAAAGCACUGUAGAGUGAAACUGCUUAUUCAGGCUAAAUGGGAAAUGAAUAUGCAGUGUGUGUUUAUGUUAUCUGCUGAGUGUUGUUACUGAAUAAAUGAUUUAAUGAUGUU